AUGCAUUCAGGAUUACUUCUGUUAACUGCAGUAAGUUUAUUAUACAUAGCAAAAACACAUUCGUCAUUAUUUGCAGCCACAGGGUUUGCUAUAAUUGGAUAUGUAGCCAUUGAUUGGCUAAUUCCUAGAGUAGGGCCAUCGUUUAUUAAAAUUGGGCUGUUUGGUAAAGAUUUAAGCAAACCAAAAAAACCAGUCUUACCAGAGAGUAUUGGUGCAGUAUGUGCCACAAUCUACUUAUUUGUUACAUUGUUUUAUAUUCCAUUUAUAUUUUACCGUUAUAUCGUCAAUCCAAAUGAGGAACUAGAUUCUAGCAAGAAUAAUGAAUUUGGCUGGUUCCCACACAAGAAACUAUCUGAAUAUCUAAGUGCGAUCAUGUGCCUUGAAAGCACUGUGCUUUUAGGUAUUGCUGAUGAUUUAUUUGACUUACGUUGGAGGCACAAGUUUUUUUUACCAGCUAUUGCUGUAAUUCCAUUAUUAGUGGUAUAUUAUGUGGAUUUUGGUGUCACCUACGUCCUAGUUCCAGGAUUUAUGAAAAAUUGGAUUGGUAGAACUUCAAUUGAUUUAGGGAUUGUCUAUUAUAUGUAUAUGGCAGCCAUGGGCAUCUUUUGUCCAAAUUCGAUAAAUAUUUUAGCUGGCGUGAAUGGGUUAGAAGUUGGUCAAAGUCUUGUCCUUGCAAUAUUGGCAUUAUUGAAUGAUGCCCUAUACCUAACAAUGGGCUCUGAAUCUUCUAAGGAAUCCCACGGAUUUUCAGCUUUGCUAAUCAUCCCCUUCUUUGGAGUUUCUUUAGGACUAUUUAAAUGGAAUAAAUGGCCAGCCAAAGUGUUUGUGGGUGAUACUUAUUGUUAUUUUGCAGGAAUGGUCUUUGCAGUUGUUGGUAUUUUAGGCCAUUUUUCUAAAACAAUGCUUUUAUUCUUUAUUCCACAAAUUUUAAAUUUUAUUUAUUCAUGCCCACAAUUAUUUAAUAUUGUACCAUGUCCUAGACAUAGAUUACCAAAAUUUAAUGAAAAAGAUGGGCUACUAUAUCCCUCAAGAGCCGAUCUUGUGGAACAACCACCAAAAAAAUUCUUUAUUCCAGUUUUGAAAUUUUUACAUUUUUUUAAGUUGAUAGAUCUUGAAUAUGAUUCAAAGGGAAAUCUAAUCAGUUGCACCAACAUGACAUUAAUUACCUUGACAUUAGUAUGGUUUGGCCCAAUGAGAGAAGAUAAAUUAUGUAAUAGAAUCUUAUUAAUUCAAUUUAUCAUUGGAUUAGUAACCAUUUUCUUGAGACAUGCUUUAGGUGCUGCAUUAUUCGGUUAUGAUAAUUUACAAAUUAGUGUUUUCAAUUGA